CCGUAAACUUCAUUCGAGGAAGUAACAGGGGAGACAACUCUUAACGACAGCGGAGAGUUUGCUGUUUAUUCCCUGUUUCAGAGAGGACCAAACAGCGCGCAGUCAUUUCAAAAUGUCGGGAUAUGAUAGCAACCCCUUCGCAGAGCCCGUGGCAGACAACCCUUUUAAUGACCCUUCAGUCACACAGGUGACCAACUCCAGUGUAACACCAGUCAACCAGUACAGCCCAUUCCCCAAAGAUGGUUUAGCCACUCAAACCACUCCAGCCGCCCCCUCUCCUUAUCAGCCUGCUGUGUUACAGCCGUCUACAGAGCCCAGUCCACAGGCGACUGCUGCUGUGGCUCAGGCCAAUCUGCUGAGGCAGCAGGAGGAGCUGGAGAGAAAAGCUGCCGAGCUGGACCGCAGAGAGCAGGCGCUGCAGACUAGAGGCUCCUCAGGUAAAGAGAACAACUGGCCUCCACUUCCAAAGAGCUUCCCCAUCAAGCCAUGUUUCUAUCAGGACUUCUCAGAGGACAUCCCCCCAGAGUCUCAGAGAGUCUGCAAGAUGAUGUACUACCUCUGGAUGCUCAACUGUGUGGCUCUGUUCCUGAACCUGUUGGCGUGUUUGGCUUCCUUCAUCACUGAUGCGAAUCACGGUGUUGAUUUUGGCCUCUCCAUUCUCUGGCUCAUCCUCUUCGCUCCCUGCUCCUUCCUCUGCUGGUACCGGCCCGUCUACAAGGCCUUCAAGACGGACAGCUCCUUCAGCUUCUUCUUCUUCUUCUUUGUGUUUUUCUGCCAAGUUGUGAUCUUCAUCAUCCAGUCUGUAGGCAUCCCCAACUGGGGCAACAGUGGCUGGAUCGCUGCCUUCUCUAAUUUCCGUACCAACCAUGCAGUGGGAGCCAUCAUGAUCAUAGUGGCCAUCCUCUUCACCUUCUGCGCUGUGCUGUCCGUCAUCCUGCUCAAGAUGGUCCACCAAAUGUACCGCCGGACCGGGGCCAGUUUCCAGAAGGCCCAGCAGGAGUUCUCACAGGGCGUCUUCACCAAUAAAACCUUCCAGACAGCGGCAGCCGGAGCAGCGUCCACUGCUGCCCAGGGAGCGUUCCAGGGGAACAACUAGUUAUCAACGGAGCCAAGCUGAACCCCAUUUAACAGGUCAAGGUCUAUAUGUUGUCAGGUCUGAAUAAUAAAUGAAAACAAAGCUUGAUGAAUCAGGAAGGUAAGAGUCAGUGUAGUGAGUCUGGAAAGCAGCCUCUACCCUUUUCAAUGUUAAUUAUAACCUCAUGAUGUAUAGACUUUGAGCUGGGUAAGGCUACGUUAUUAGCCUCCCUCCUUUCACCCCCUUAAACAAUGCGCGUCUAAUUCCCCACGGUAACUUGCAGAGUCGCUCCAUCGGGCUCUAUGUGGUGCAUCUGCAUUAAGACGAGUGCAUUCUGGGCGGGGAGAGUGUGAAUGAAGUUGACUGACUGCUCUGUCAGUGUGUCCUUGCUUUGUACAUUUUUACUUUUUGGCAUUGCUCUUCAGUGUAAUAUGUGACUGUGCAGAUGUGUGUGUGUGUUGAGUGUGUGUGUACAUGCAUGCUGAUCACAUGUAUAAAUGUGGGUGUAGUAUGGCCGUCUCUGUCCACAUCUGACUGUGGACUCUGAUUCUGUAAUAUAAAUGAGAAGUGUUUCUGUUUGUCAUUGAUUGGCAUUUCUUCUGUCUCAGAUGCCUUUCUCUUUGUUGUUGAACAUAUUUUGGCAAAAGAAAAAAAUCAUGUAAUAGUAAAAAAAAAGUAACUGUAAAAAGUGUUUGUUGUAAUCCAAUCACUCUGGCCUUUGAUCCUGGAUUUAACUGUUACUGUCGCUAAUGAUUUAAACCUUUGUUCAAUUAUGCAAUAAGAAGAAAAUACCCACAAUUCUCAGACGAGCCCGCCCUCAAAUCACUGACAGAUAGUAAUACUGUGUUGACACUUUUUAAAACCUGUGCCUUCAGACUUUCUGACACAAAAUCUUUGCAAAGAUCUCUCAGUAAAUUACAUUUUGAAAUCUGAAUGUUCUGUUGGGGAUAUUUUACGUUUUUGCUUAUUGCUUAUACAUUAGAACAGAAAAGUUUCAGUCAAACUUAAAUUUUUCCUCUUAGUUGAACAGAGAAGGAGUGCAGAUAGCCUAGCCGUUAUGUUGCGCGCCCCAUGUACAGUACGGAGGCUAUAGCCGUCGUUGCAGCGGUUGUGGGUUCGAAUCCGACCUCGUCCCUUUACUGCAUUUCGUCCCCCCACUCUCUCCUCCCAACAUUUCCUGUCUCUCUCCGGCUGUCCUAUCCAACAAAAGGCAAAAAAAUAACUACAAAAAAAAAAGAGAAUAUCAGACGUCACUUCUGGACCGCUUUUUUUGUCAAAAGCGUUUAAAACAAUACAAGCAGCUUUAACAGCAUGUUUCAUAAAUGCCUUGUUAAAGACUUAUAUCUAAGGAAACCAAAGCAUUACCGCCUUCUGCUAAAUGAAAACAGUUCAGACAGUUUACUGUAACAAGCUUAUUCCCUUCUCAUUUUACUAUCAACAGUAAAUAAACUAGUUUAUUUUUAAUGAAGAAGAUCUGAAACAAUAUUUAACAUGUUUGAUUCUUUAGAAACCAUCAUUUUCAUUGUCACAUGUCAAGGUGAUGAAUGUUGGUUUGACAGUCACAGGUAUGACAGGAGAAACAGCUGAAUCCCACAUUGCCUCAUGUGAAUGAUUAUUUCUGUCGUGUAAAGUUGCCAUAAAACCAACCCAAAUUUGAAGGGAACCAGUUCUCAAUGCUACCUGCAUGGAGCUAACGUUUUCACAUUUCCUUAUUAAUGAGUCUAUUCUCAAAAACCUCCUUCCUCCUCUCUGAGACGACCAACAGCCUUUAAAUUAUUGGAUGUGUAUUUUCUGUGAUUUCUUGUAUCAGAAAAAGUGCAUAUUUGUGUUUAUUUGAUGUCCUUUUUUUAACAUCAGCAAAAUGAUAGCAUUUCCUUAAAAAAAAACAAUUGUGGGCUCAAGAUUAGUUUUGAAAUGUAACCAACAGUGGUCUCAUUUAAAGGUUUGAGCUUACAUCCAUUGUACACAUUCUCAUACAUGAUUUUUAUGAAGUCAGACAUCUCUGAAUGCAUUGUUUCAGGAGAUCAUAAGCCAGUGCCUUUUGUAUUUCAAUGAUAAAUAUAGCAUCUAAUAAAAUGCUUUGCUUUCA